CUGUGGUCAGUCGCUCUCUGUCCUCAUUCCUGGGCUCUCAGGGGGACGUCUUCUCAGUCCUGUGACGUGGAAGCCUAUCACUCUCACCUAAGGACCCACUUCAGACUGAUCAAGCCUCCUUUCUCUGACCACCCAGAGGAGCCCAGAACCUUCCACUGUGUGAUGCCUUGGCCCCUGCUACUGUCCCUGCUCUGGGCAGGGUGCCUGGCUAAGACGGAGGAUUAUGAGCUCUUGGUGACUAAUUCAGUGAUGGUACAGGAGGGUCUCUGCGUCUUUGUGUCCUGCCAAGUCCGUUACCCCCCUUCCAGUAGUACUGUCUUUGGCUACUGGUUCCAGGAGGGGGCCAAUCUAAACCGCGACUCUCCAGUGGCUACAAAUGACCCAAAUCGAUCAGUACAGAAGGAAGCUCAAGGUCGAUUCCAUCUCAUGGGGAGACCAAACACCCAAAAUUGCUCCCUGGAGAUCAGAGACGCAAAGAGAAGUGACACACAAGUGUACUUCUUCAGGCUGGAUGGAGCCGGAAAUGUGAAAUACAGUUUUGGGAAUACGCUCUCUGUGCGUGUGACAGCUCUGACUGAGACCCCCAACUUCCAAGUCAUACCUACCCUGGUGUCUGGCACUUCCACCCAACUGAUCUGUUCUCUGCCCUGGGCUUGUGAGCAGGGGACACCCCCCAUCUUUUCCUGGAUGUCACCUGCCCUUACCUCCCUGGGCCCCAGGACCACCCUCUCCUCAGAGCUGAACCUCAUACCCAGGCCCCAGGACCAUGGCACCAACAUCACCUGUCAGGUGACCUUCCCUGGUGUUGGUGUUACAGUAGAGAGGACUGAACAGCUCGUUGUCACCUAUGCUCCACAGAAGCUGAUCAUCAGGGCGUCCUGGGGAGACGACACAGAACCUCAAGUCCUGCACAGUGGCUCAUCUCUGCAUAUUCAAGAAGGUGAGUCCCUGAGCCUGGUCUGUGUGGCCGACAGCAACCCCCCUGCUGUGCUGAGCUGGGAGCGCCUGACCGAGAGGCCCCUCCAGCUCUCUACCGAGGAACUGCAGAUGCCGAGGGUGGAGUUGGAGGACCAUGGAAAAUACGUCUGCCGAGCUCAGAACAAUCUGGGUGCUCAGGAGGCCUCUGUGAACCUCAGCGUAAGGAGCCUUCUACAGCUGCUGGCACCCUCCUGCUCCUGGGAAGCUGAGGGGCUGCACUGCAGCUGCUCCUGCAGAGCCUGGCCCACCCCGUCCCUGCGCUGGCGGCUGGGGGAGGGGCUGCUGGAGGGGAACAGCAGCAAUGUCUCCUUCAGGGUCACCUCCAGCUCCACAGGACCAUGGGCCAACAGCAACCUGAGCCUCAGCAUGGAGUUCAGUGCCAGCCACAGACUCAGCUGUGAGGCUUGGAAUGACAAUGGGGUUCAGAGUGCCACUAUCUUACUGCUGCCGGGUCAAGAGGUCACAAAGGACACAUCAGAAACCAGUACAGGAGUGGUCCAAGGGGCCAUCGGAGGAGCUGGUCUCAUGGCCUUGCUUGCUCUCUGCUUCUGCCUCAUCUACUUCAUAAUGAAGUUCCUCAGGAAGAAGUCAGCCCUGAAAGUAGCAAGCGUGGAAGACAACCAUCCUGCCAAGAGCCCUGGCUCCAUCAUAAAUGGUUCAAGCAUGACUUCAUCCAGAGUUUCUUUAAGAUACCCCAACCAGGUACCCAGCACGUCAAUACUGAGCUUCUGUUUCCCCAAAUGCCUCUCCAACAUUCAACUUUCCUUCUCCAGCUGCAGGCUGGGGACCUGGCAUUUGUCCCUACCUCCAUCUCCUGCUUCAGGGUCACCUGAAUGCAUCAGGGUCACCGAACCAGAAAGAGAAGCCACCUCUCUCCGCAGCCCCACACACCCUGGAGGAUGAGCCUGAACUCCACUAUGCCUCCCUCUCCUUCCAAGGCCUGGCGCCCCGGCGUCCUCAGAACACGGAGCCCAUCAAGUCUGAUUACGCGGAGCUCAAGCUCCGCAAGUGCUGACCCUCCGUGCUCUCGCGCCCCGGCACUGGCUGGAGUCCGGAAAGGACAGCGCGUGUUAGGGCAGAUUCUGAGACGGGUGCCCUCCAGACCAAAGGUUCUGAAGGAGAAGGCAUGAGGGCGACAGGACUCCUGGGUUCAAGUCCAGGUUCAGUGUUAUUCCCACAGAAGCCACCUUUCCUCACUGUGCCCUCUCUUCCUCCUCUGUAAAGUGGGGUCCUAUUCAUGUGGUGUGACAAGGAGAAACCCCACAGUGUUCACGGUCUGUUGCUUGUGUUGCCUAUGUCGCCUCAGCAGUGGGAGGAACAUUCUGACUCUAUUACAUACUUGAAUUUUACUUGUACAUUUUAAAGAACAUAUGUUAAUUCUUAAA